CAGCAAGCUGAAAGAGUAGCAUAACGUGUCCAAAUUCUAAAGGCCCUUUAUCUGCACAUCGAUAUGUAUAUACAUGUAUUGCUCAUGUAUCGAUCAUAUGAAUAUGCGCACAAACACUUACGCCAAAUCAGCCUUCCACCUGUACGGCAGCCUACUAGUCUUUACGACAAUAGUUUCCGAGGAGAAAGAUUCGGAUACUAAACAGCCUAACACAGCCAGUUUCCCGUAUUUUCUUUUUUCCCUAUUUGGUCAAAUAGUCAAUUUUGGUCUCCGAACGGAGAUUGGCUAGAAAGUUCAGAUGAUGUCAGAUGUCAGUUGACUGUUUUAAGUUUCGAUUUCCUUACAAAGCAGGCAAUUUGAAAUCUUUUUUUUUCUAGCUUAUUCCGGAGUGUUCACUUGGCUGUCAAAAAUUGUUUGCUGCGGUC